AACGAAACCAGAAUCUGAAUCUCACCUCAUUUACUUGCUAAACCCUGUAGGAGAAACAACGAAAAGGAGAGUGAAGAACCCGUCCACCCAUGGGGCAGGUGAAACUGAAUUCCGCCGUGAUCUUCAUUUUCCUCCUCAUCUCUUCUCACCUUCUUGUCUUUUGUUACGGGACUUCCGACAGCAAUAGUGGAGAUCAUGAUCAUCUUGAAGAAGAUGCGAUCAAAAAAUGGGAAGAAAAUUUCAAGAAAAUCAAAAAGGUUACGGGGACUGCUAUUAAGACGGCUAUGCCUUAUUUCAUGUCCGCUGUUUCGUCAGAAAAUUUGCAUCUGUCGGGUGAAUGUCGGCGAGCGUUGCUGCUAUGGGUUUCUGAUUUGAGAAGCUUAAAGCCUUGGGCACUCAGAAUGGUUGAUGCAUCGGCCAAAAUGAUGAACGGGAUUCUAACCGGAACUCUCUCAGCCUUUGGUUCUUUUGACCAGUGCGUGGAGUUAACUGUCCCUAAUAGAGGUUUCCGAGGUCAGUACUGCUCCAUUGAAGCAUGGCCGCCGCUUCCACCAAAACCAAGAUUCUAUGCUUUGAAUCGGAGAAUGAAAGCAUUUGAAAAGUUUGAAAAUGAUACUGGGGUAAUGGGCGAAUUUACGAAAUACGUACAGCUGUUUUAUUUGUUUCCAUUAAGAAUUGGUGUUUGCGUACCUUCCGCUUGUUCUACGUCUGAUGUAUUUAAUGUAUCCACUUUCGUUGUGCAGAGUAUUUUCCCAGCUAAUAUUUCUGUACCUCGUUGCGAGACCAAAGAAGUGACUGUGGUACAAGACUAUCAGAUUCCUAUGCUGUGCGUGAUAGGAGUUCUUAUAAUGCUUGUUUUGUCUGGCACAUUAGUGGAUGCUCUCAUUAUUCGAAAGAAGAACGUGGCUCCGUCUGAAUCAGGUUUAAUUAUACAAUGUUUACUUGCAUUCUCUGCUAUUUCCAACUUCAAGAAGCUGAUGGAUGUCAACGCAGCUUCAGACGCUUUGACUUCGCUCCACGGAAUACGUUUCUAUUCAAUGUGUUGGAUCAUCCUUGGGCAUACCUACUUUCACUUGAACUUCAGCACCCUUAGAUACUUACAAAUUACCAUUGAAAUGGCAAGCCAGUUUGCCUUCAACUUCAUAACCAACUCUUCCUUAGUGGUGGACAACUUUUUCUUUCUUAGUGGCCUUUUAAUGAUUUAUGUUGCCUUGGAUAUGGAGAAAAAGACUGGUAGAAUUCCAGAUGCUGUGCACUUCAUUAUACAUAGGUUAUGGAGGUUUUUGCCAGUUCAAAUGUUCUUCGUAGGCGUCAGUACAUUACUGCCUUUAGUUGGGGACGGUCCCGUCUGGCGAGAAAAUAUUGAACCCAUAACAGAAGGCUGCAGAAACGACUGGUGGACUAACCUUAUUUUUAUUAAUAAUCUGUACAGAAGCAGUCCCAAAGGGUGCCUCUCCCAUGCUUGGUAUCUGGCUGCAGAUUUCCAGAUUUACGUUUUCUGUAUCCCGAUCGUAAUUUUGAUUAUUAGGAAACCUCGUAUCGGACUAUGGGUGAACUUUACCGUGAUGAUGUUGUCCAUUUUAGCAGUUGGUAUCCACAAUUAUAUCAGAGAUUUUCCUCCUACUCUGCUUUUCACACAUGCUGAUUUUGAGCAAAGAAAUCAACUGAUGAUGGAGAUCUAUUAUCCACCGUACCAGCACUUAGGACCAUUCUGUAUUGGCAUUUUUGUCGGUUAUUACCUCCGAAUAUACAGAUCCAAAUUAAAAAUGCACUGGGUGAUGCAAACUUUCCUCUGGGCACUGGCAUUUAUGCUCUUAUCAUCGACAUUAUUUGGUGUUCAUGCAUGGAACAGUGGCACAGGAGCUACAGGAGUCGUGGCAACAGUUCUGUACGCAAGCUUAAGUAGAGUAGCAUGGACCAUCGGAUUAGCUUGGAUUACAUUAGCAACCAGCACAGAUGGAGAAGGUUUUCUUUCGUGUAUUUUGCGCUGGAAACCAUUAAUUCCACUAAGCAGACUGACUUUUCUUGCCUACAUGAUACAUCCGUUGCUACAGCAUACACUGUACGCAACGCUUCGAGAAGGUAUUCAAGCAAGAAAUCAUCUGGCGGUAUUCGUAUAUUUAGGAUUCGUAACUGGCAGUUACAUCUUGGCUGCUGUUUUGUGUUUGUUGUUAGAAGCGCCUUUCAUAAAUCUUGGAAAAAUAAUAUUUCAAACGAAAACGAAACAAGACUCUUCUGGAAAGAGAAAAGAUUCAAUGGACCAUGUCGAAGCUAGCUGGAAAUCUGGACCACUACCCCAAAUAGUGAGUGAUGCCGGAAAAAUUAACCGUGACAUUAAUUAUUGUCAUAACAGUGAAUCUUUGGGAAAAGACACUGGAGAUGGUUUUAUAUGUCAUCUUUAGCUUCCAAACAAUUUUUGGCAAACAAAAGUUAAGUUUAUUGAAAGCGUGCCAAAGUCGAUCCUUGAUGGUGCUAUUCAAAUAUAGUUCGGGUGAAAAUUGCAACUAAAAUCUUCAUUCACAAUAUGAACUUUAUAUAUGACCAAAGAUCAUCAAUAAUCUGCUUCCUUUUUGCACUUGCUAUUUUAUUUAGGUUCCGAAUAUUAAAAUUCUUCGCAGAUAUCUGUAAUAAAAAACUAUUUAAUGUCUACUAAUUAAUCUUUAAAAUUCAAACGCAAAUUUGAAUAGAAGUGAAGAUAUUUCUGAAGUUGAAAAUAACAUUUGCUACAGAUGUGUUUCAUUUAAUCGAAACUUAGCAUUUUUUUAAUGGAUUUUUCGAUUAAAAUAUUCCUUUUUAUUUCUCCCACAUAUAGCAAAAAUUGAAACAAGUAAGAAUAUAGAUAUUCUUUAAGAACUUUAACGGUGUGAUUCAAUAUAUAUCAUAUUAAAUCAUGAUAAAAAUCAACUAUCAUCUAUGGUAAAAAGCUAAAACUAAUAUAUCAAAAUAAACAUAAAGUCGACGCCGAUUUAUUGUGACAUGCUUAUUCACAAAGCCUACAGACCGUUUCUACUGCUGUUUGCUCCGAUUGGUUAAAAUAGGAAACGUAGGGUUACAGAACCUAGUGCUUGGCGACUUUUGGUUCAUCUCCUUUAGAAUUUGUAUUUAAGCGUGGUGUACUAAAAAUUGUACUUAGCUCAAUGGUAACGAGCGCGGAAAAAGUUCUCAGACUUCUAGAUCGCCGGUUCUAUCCCUGCUCGUAGCUUUCAUAAACUGUGCUCUACACGGAUUGAAUUUUAUGUUAACAUUAUUGAAUGACUUCGUCAUUAUUUCUUUGGGUUGCGGUGUUAAAAAUUAAACGACUUUGUUUCCUCUAUUUUUGUUAAUUUUUCUAUUUUAUUUACUGGUUUGUACUCUUUGUAGUAGGUACCAGUAGCAAGAUUACGAUCCAAGAUCCCGAAAAGCG